AUGACCCCUCUCUGCCAACUAGAAAUUCCACCGAGGGGUGAUAGUAAAUGCCUCGACCAGUCUGAUCGAACUUGCAUCACCCCAAAGCGCAAACAUCUGAGCGAAAGCUCGGAGGAGUUUCUUUCAACGCUCAUAGGGACGAAACGACCGUGCGGACGACCCCGGGAUGCCAAUAAUGUGCAGCUCAGUACGGCGCACGAGAUUCGAUUGCUCAAAGGUCAAGUGGCCUCGAUGGAUAAAGAACUGCGGGAUCUUCAGACCAAGUGGACUCAGUGGGUUCCAGAUAAAACCGCGCUGAGUACGGCGUACCGAUCGCUAUGUGAGAAGCGCGCAGCCAACAUUGCGGAACAAACCCAUGGGGAACUCCAAGUGCUCCUUCGACAGCAACAAUUGGUGUUCGCGACGCUUCAGACGGCGGUCCUUCACGCCCCGCUGCAUUCAAGUGGGUACGAACUCUUCGAAGCUCUGCACUUUCACACUAAACUCGGCCUGGAAACGGACGAGCGCGAGAACGUCCUCCUAGCGCACCGAGUGCGAUCCCUUGCCACGCUCCACUCGAUUGUGGACGAAUUCUCGCAAGUGGCGCUCGCCAACGCUCGCUCGAAACAGAACAAAAGUGUUGGAGACAAGUCCAUCUUGCCUCUAUCUCAAUUUGACGUCACUGGUUGCAAAGACUGCACACUGCUAUCGAGCACGUUUAUCUCGGAGAUCCCCCACACAUCGCUGGAAGAGGUCUAUGCAGCUGUUUUGGCGUACUUUGAUGCCAUCCCUCGGUCCAUGAAGACGCACUUUGGCGUUCAUACCACUCGGUCAAGGUUGAAUAACAUCGAGUCUCCGGUCAUUUAUCGACGCUCGUCCUUCAGCGGGUCCGGCUUGGAAGCAACGAUUAACAACAUCGUGUGCUCGGAGUUGACGGCUUCACAUGGUAUGGUCCACGUUGACACAGUCACGAACGAUCCAUUGUACCCCGUACCGGCAUCAGCUUCGUCGCAAUGUGGACUUUGCGGCCUUACCGUCACCCCGCACAAAGAUCCGAUGACGGGCAAAACGCUGUCUGUGACCUUACGGUGGCUAGCGGUGUACCGCUACAACAUGCUUCCACACGAGCUUGCUGAUCAACAAGGUAUGAAGAUUAUGCGACCGGUAUUGAACGGAGACUUGAUCACUGCCUCGGUCUGCGCCUACAUUCAACAGCAGAGGCUCAAGUAG